GGAGAAAGCCGGCCCCGGCCGUUUUAUACCGCGGCGUUGAGCGGCGGCUGCAGCUCGGCAGCGCCGUCCGCUGCGCGGAGCCAUGCGGGGCCGGGGGCUGCUCUGCGGCAUCGCCCUCUCGCUGCUGCUGCGCCCGCCGCCGCGGCGCGCCGCAGGGGCUGCCGCCGGCCUGGAGCUGCCGCAGCAGCUGGUGAUACCGCACUGGGAAGCCGUGGGGAGCCCCAGCAGCGAGGAGCGUCCGUUCAGAGCUGAAGUCAGGAUAAAGGCAGAAGGACAAGAGCUGAUUUUGGAUCUAGAGAAGAAUGGAAACCUCUUUGCACCAGGCUACACUGAGACUCAUUACAGCCAGACUGGAAGGCCCCAGACUGUCCCUCUGCCCCACACAGACCACUGCUUCUACCAUGGUGUCGUGAGGGGCCGGGAGCACUCCAGCGUCAUGCUCAGCUCCUGCAAAGGGCUGCGAGGACUCAUCGUACUGAGCCACAAUUCCAGCUAUGUCCUAGAGCCAGUCCCCAACAGCCAGAAUCAGCACUUGAUCUACAGGCUGGAAGACCUGAAGUUGCAGAGAGGAGCCUGUGGCUACCAGGGCACCGAGGCUGUGGCCAGAGACUGGCUCAGGGGCUUCCCCGCCGAGGUGGCACCAGUCCAUCGCAGGGUGAAGCGUGAGACUUUGCAGGCUACAAAGUAUGUGGAACUUCUGCUCGUAGCUGAUUACGCAGAGUUUCAGAAGCAUCACUUCAACAUUGAAGCAACACGGCUUAAAUUAGUGGAGGCAGCUAAUUAUGUAGACAAGUUUUACAGAUCCCUGAAUAUCCGGAUUGCCUUGGUGGGGCUGGAGAUCUGGAGUCAUGGGAAUAAAUGCGAUGUAACUGAGAAUCCCUAUUCCACCCUGAGGUCUUUUCUGGCUUGGAGUAGCAAGGAGCGGGUGUACAGAAAGCAUGAUAAUGCCCAACUAAUUACGGGUGUCCCAUUCCAAGGUACCACGGUUGGAUUGGCUCCUGUGAUGGCCAUGUGCUCUGAUUUCCAGUCAGGAGGAGUAAACAUGGAUCACUCCGACAAUGCCAUUGGUGUUGCUGCUACCAUUGCCCAUGAGAUGGGACACAAUUUUGGCAUGAAUCAUGAUUCAACUGGCUGCUGCACUACCAGUGCUGAGGAUGGAGGCUGCAUCAUGGCUUCUGCAACUGGGCACCCAUUCCCCAAGGUGUUCAACCAGUGCAAUAGAAAAGAGCUGGAGAAGUAUCUGCAGUCUGGUGGAGGGAUGUGUCUCUCCAACAUGCCGGAUACCAAAAAAAUGUAUGGUGGGAAGAAAUGUGGAAAUGGCUACUUGGAAGAGGGGGAGGAAUGUGACUGUGGAGAGGUGGAGGAAUGCAAUAACCCCUGCUGCAAUGCCAACAACUGCUCACUGAAGCUGGGUGCUGAGUGUGCCCAUGGCAGCUGCUGCCAGCAGUGCAAGCUGAUGUCUCCAGGAACUCUCUGCAGGGAAAGAUCAGGACUUUGUGACCUCCCAGAAUACUGCACUGGAGAGUCACCAUUUUGCCCCCCCAACUCAUACCAAAUCGAUGGGGCUUCCUGUGAAGGAGGAAAAGCAUAUUGCUACAGUGGCAUGUGUCUCACUUAUAAAGACCAGUGCAUGCAGCUGUGGGGGCCUGGAGCAAGGCCAGCACCAGACACCUGCUUUGAGAAUGUUAAUGCCGCUGGAGACAUCUAUGGGAACUGCGGGAAGGACAUCUAUGGCAACUACAGGAAGUGUGAGAUGAGAGAUGCUAAAUGUGGGAAGAUCCAGUGCCAGAGCUCUGCUUCCAAACCCCUGCAGUCCAAUGCAGUUGCCAUAGACACAACUAUCCACAUGGAGGGGACACGAGUGAGGUGCCGUGGGACCCAUGUGUACAGAUCUGAGAGCGAAGAAAAGGAGAUGCUGGACCCUGGCUUGGUGUUGACGGGAACAAAAUGUGGGAGCCAUCAUGUUUGCUUUGAGGGACACUGCCAGAACACAUCCAUCAUCUUUGAAUCAGAAAGCUGUAACAAGAAGUGCCAUGGGCGUGGAGUCUGCAAUAAUAACAAAAACUGCCACUGCAACCCAGGAUGGGCUCCCCCAUUUUGCAACAAGGAAGGGAUGGGAGGAAGCUUGGACAGUGGCCCCCCAAUGCCGGAAGGCUUUUCAGUGGUAGUGAUAACGCUAGCAAUCCUGGCUCCCCUUCUGCUUCUCACUGGAAUCGUGUUUUUAUUUUGCUAUCUGAAAUGCCAGAAUAAAUUUGUCAUCUGUUCUCUAAAGAAGACCCUGCAGUUCAGCGAUACCUCUGGAAGUGGCCAUGCAAACCCUGCCUUCAAGCUGAAAACCCCUCAGGAGCAAAGGAAGGCUAUUGGCUUCCCUGAAAUCCCAUCACAACCUCCUCCCCAGCAAGCUCCAGGUCUCCGAAUAAAUGCACAGCAGCCACCUGCUUUCUCCACUGGCUCCAGCUGUGGUGUUGGGAAACACAUGGGGCCGGUGCAUCAGGCCACCACAAAGGACAUCGCCAGGCGGAUACCUCCAAGCAGGCCAGCACCUCCUGCUCCCAAACCCCCAGUGUCUCAGGAUAUUUCUAGGCCCCGGCCACCCCAAAGAGCUUUGCCAGCUAACCCCGUCCCUGCCAGACCCAGGACCCGGCCAGGGGAUGGUCCUGCAAUUUCUUUGCCCUUGUCUCACAGAAGAAACCCGGGACAACUCCAGCCAGCAGCAGAGGUAGGAUCUGAGCACAUGGUGACAGAGCACAGCAGCAUCCUCCCACCACCAGGAAAUAAAACUACCCCAAAGGAGAACAUGGGAGUCAGGACGGCUGGAGCAGGGAGCAUCCUUAACGGAUGACACCAGCGCUCCCGCGGGAUCCUGUGAACUGCAGUUUGGGCCCUGCUGGCCCAGGACUUCACAAGGGACUGGAUGGCCUUUGUCACCCAAACCAACGUAUGUGGGCCCCAAACAGUUUCUGAACUCCUCUCCUCUAGUUUUCUAUCCGAUUCAAGAAACUACAGUGAGGCUUGGCAGGGGUAUACCCAGAAACUGUACCAGUACAUGCCAAGCUGAACUCAAUCCACUGCGCUCAUAGCUUUUUCCAUGUAGGGAUGACUUGUGUUUAUGGUAUUUAAAUGUUGUUGUGCAAUAUCCAAUGCAGGGACGGGGGCGAUACGGGCUUCACGUAUUUUUAUCAGUUGUUUAAGUGUUUCCAGGGAGAACGAGCUGAGAGUCCAGGUGCUAGCCCUGAUGGGCUUUUACAUAAGAAACAGGCCUGUUUGCUUCCCUCAGCCCAUCCAAGCAGCUGCAGAAGCAUAUGUUGGUGCUAUACCGAAACCACUGCCUCUUGGGAGAGCAGCACGCAGCCGUCGUUAACUUCUUCAGUUUAUUCUCAGUUUACAGUGACUGACAAGCUGGGCCGCGACAGAGAGCAAGAAAAUCACAGAAAUAUUGCUGGUUGAAAUAACUGGAGUGUCACUAUGGAUUUUGGUUAGCUGUAAUAGAGCAGAUUAAGCAUUUUCCCAGUGUGACCACCUUCAGCAAGAUCUUUGUCCCCCCGGCACUCGGGUGUCUCCCCUCGGUGCUGUAAGACCUAAGAGCACUCCCAGCAUGGCCUGUGAGCGCUCAUCGGUGUCGCUUGGACACAGACACGGUACAACAGAGAAACUCUCGAACCAGGAUACGGAGCAAAUGGCCAGGAGGAGGUUCAGCAAAGUGCUGAAACCUUCUCUGCACAGCAUGGUACUGCCGAUAAUCAGUAGACACUUUGCAUGUAUUUUUUUUUUUUUUUUUUUUGCCUUCAGCCUGUGCUGAGCAGUAAUUCAGCACUGGCUGUUGGCUCUUCAUAUUAUGAGAAACCUACCUUAAAGUUGCCCUAUUGGUAAAACAGAAAUAUUAGUAUGACACAUGGUGCUUUCGUUGGACAGUUUAUUUUCUCCAGGCUUUCUCCUCUAAUGGAGAGAGCUGUCUGUGUGCACUUUAAGCAGCUGAUGGUUCUAACCCCGAGGGCCCACCAUUGUGGGUCUGAUUUUUUUCUCUUAAUGGUUUAGGCUUUUGUAUAUUUUUUCCCCUCAGGAUUUUACAUGAAGACCUUUUGUUAAGCUGAAAUUAUUCUGUUUUCCUUGAAAUUGUUUCCUAGGAGAACACAGGGAGUUCUGGAAGAGGGAUUACAACAACAAUUGUUUUAUGGCUGAUUUAGCAUGGACAGAAAUCUUCAGUGUGAUUGCUGCUGCACAAGUAAGAAAUCAUAAUAUUGGCUUAAAGAAAAAAAAUCUUUUUCUGUUUCCGUAAGCUCUACUCACUCAGAAAAAGUCAGAUAAAUCUUGAGCACUCAGACUAAAUUUGUAGUUAUGUUUAACAGUAAUUCUGUAGGAUGACUUAAACCAAACCAGUUUUUGCAACAUUACUACCUCUUUCUCCACAAGGAAACAGUACACAGGGUGUAUCUUGAAUUUUUGAUUGAUUAUUCAUAAUCUUGAACAUUUUAGACCUUUUAUUACCUUCUAUAGGCCUAGAAAACAAGUCAGCCCAAAUUACUCCUCUCUGAAAUAAGGGAUGGCAAACAAAAGACAUUGAUAUUUUAACCUUUACAUGUCUUUUUCUACAGUUGGAGUCACUGUCCUCAAAGACUCCUGCUGGUCUUGGUGCUUUGAUGCAAUGAUAAAACCAAAGGGUUUGUGCAAGCCCUCCUUGGUCAGGCAUUUUCCUGGCAAAAGGCUGUGAAGGGAAGCUGGUGAGAAGGGAAUUGCUCCUGCAGCCACUUAAACCUUGAGCAUUUUUCCCUCCGGUGCCAUAUUAGCACUCAUUACCAGUUCUCAAUAUCGAGAUCAGUCAACACCUACCUGAGGUGCUGAGAACAGAUCCACCUCAAACUCAAACCACCCAAAUUUGUCAUUCAUUGGGAGUCAGCUAAAGCGCCUGCGUAACAGCAUGUUUUACCACUCACAGGUGGAGGUCUAGUCUUCAUAUCUGCCAGAAGCUGGCCUCAUAUAGCAGUUACCAUAAUACAGAUUAAACCACAGUAACCUUAUCCUGCAUCUAAGCCCUCGCUGACUCCUGAGGACAGCAGCAUAUUUCUGCUACAGCUCCUGAUUUUUAUCCGAUGACCACCAGAAAUCACUAAGAGCCUUUUCACUGCCCUUCAUGUGAGCAUGGCGUCAAGUUUUUCAGAAAUGCUUCCAGACACACAAAGCUCAAAAAACUGGACGUGCUCAAACCCUAAUGGAAAGCUUUAGUACUGGAAUAUCAUAAAGCCUCCAAAAGGUAGUUUUUAGUAAAUCCUUUAAAAUUUUCAUAGGUGUGCACGUUGAGUGAAUGAGAAUAAAGGAACUGGGGGAGGAGUAAGAGAUGACAGAAUGUGAUUUUUUUUUUUUUGAAGAUAAUAUUACGUGGGAGAACAUGUAUAAAAAUACAUCUCACUUUCAUUACAUCCACAUGUUAAUGGUUUACAAUAAUGCUCUCUGUGCAUCUAUGCAAAUACUUGAAGAAUGCAAUUCAUUGUGCCUUUUGCCUACUUUUUAAUAAAUUUAUCACUUGUCAUUAACAAA